AUGUGGGCCAACACCACCUCGCCAGCAGGCCAGCCAGGCCUCUGGGCCUCGCUCCUCACCCUCCCCCAAGACCACCUCGCCGUCACGGCCGGUGUUGUUGUUUUGCUGGGGCUGCUGGGCGCACACGCCGUCAACGUGCGCCGCCACCGGUUCGACCGCGUCCGCGAGAUGGAGCGCAAGUACCCACACUACCUCAAGGACCCCUCGGGCAUGAACUAUAAGGAUGCGGCCGACAUUAUGCUCGUGUCGCAGAAGUAUACGUAUGCCGUGCCGACCAUCUCCAAAGUACUCGCCGACUCGAAGCAGCUGCUGCUGCCUGAGAACGCCACGCGCCGCGCCGAGGACACGGGUGUCGUCAUUGCAGAGUUUCUGUGUCCCGAGGGCCUCGACUCUGAGCGCGCCACAACGGCGCUCGCGCGCAUGAACUGGCUGCACAGGCGCUACGGCAAGCGGAUCACCCGCGACGACAUGCUGUACACGCUCUCCCUGUUCAUCUUUGAGCCCAUCAUCUUUUGCGAAAAGUUUGAGUGGCGACCUCUCACCCAGAUGGAGCAGGAGGCGCGGUACGUCUUCUGGCGCGAGGUCGGCGCCCGUAUGGGGAUUGCCGAUAUCCCGCGCACGCGCCAGGGCCUGUGGGACUGGCAGGCGGCCUACGCUGAAAAGGUCAUGGUGUACGCCGAGUCGAACGCAAAGGUCGCCGCGACCACCACGGCCAUUUUCCUCUCUCCGCAGCCCGAGAUCCUCAAGCCGUUUGCACACAAGGUCACGGGCGUGUUCCUCGACGAGCUCUGCCGCAAGGCGUUUGGCCUGCCCCGGUCGCCGGAAUGGAUGUACACCGUCGUCCCGGCGCUUAUCGGGCUGCGCGCCUGGGUCAUUGGCCACCUCAUGGGCCCGCGUGUGGAGCAGCCGUCGUGGCAAAAAGUAGAAGUCACACAGGGCGAGAAUGGCAAACCGCGAUACGUGCGCCAGGGAUACCUCUUUGAGCCGUGGUACACGAGCGUCAAGGCCCCGCGUCUGGGUCUGUACGGCGCAACGAUCAAGCCGGGCAAGCCGUUCCACCCGGAAGGGUUCCAGUCGACACAGCUGGGACCCCCCAACCUCGAAGGCCAGGGCGAAGAGGCCACGCUCCAGAAUGCGGCAGAGAUGAGGGAGAGGGCGGCCACGUGCCCGUUCUUCAUGUAA